GAAGGAAGGAAGGAAGGAAGGAAGGAAGGAAGCGAAAUGGACGAAAGGCCAGAGACGGAGUUGGUGUCAAUACCUGCGACGCCGGAUAUAUUGACGCCGUCGGGGCAGAGGUCGCCAAGACCAGCGUCCAAAGAGGCGAAGUCUUCUUCAGCAUGGACGCCAACAUCGCUGAUAUCGCCGAGGUUUCUUAGCCCGAUAGGAACGCCGAUGAAGCGUGUACUGAUCAACAUGAAAGGGUACCUAGAGGAGGUGGGUCACCUCACCAAGCUCAACCCUCAGGACGCUUGGCUUCCAAUCACUGAGUCUCGCAAUGGUAAUGCCCAUUAUGCUGCUUUCCACAACCUCAACGCAGGUGUUGGAUUCCAGGCCCUCGUCUUGCCCGUUGCCUUCGCUUUCCUCGGCUGGAGCUGGGGGAUAAUCUCCCUAACCGUAGCCUAUUUUUGGCAACUUUACACGUUGUGGAUUCUGGUCCAGCUGCAUGAAGCAGUUCCAGGGAAGAGGUACAACAGAUAUGUGGAGCUUGCACAGGCAGCAUUUGGGGAAAGGUUAGGUGUAUGGCUUGCUCUCUUCCCAACAGUGUACCUUUCAGCAGGCACUGCAACAGCAUUGAUUCUUAUUGGUGGUGAGACCAUGAAGCUUUUCUUCCAGAUAGUCUGUGGGCCUCUUUGUUCGUCAAAUCCUCUAACCACAGUAGAGUGGUAUCUGGUCUUCACUUCUCUUUGCAUCGUUCUAUCUCAGCUUCCAAACCUCAAUUCUAUUGCGGGUCUGUCUCUCAUUGGGGCAGUGACAGCCAUCACUUAUUCUACCAUGGUGUGGGUCCUCUCAGUGAGUCAACCAAGGCCACCCCCCAUCUCAUAUCAGCCCCUUUCAUCCCCUUCCUCCUCUGCCUCAGUUUUCGCAGUCUUGAACGCACUAGGAAUUAUAGCAUUUGCUUUCAGGGGUCACAAUCUGGCAAUGGAAAUCCAGGCAACAAUGCCAUCAACUUUUAAGCACCCAGCUCAUGUGCCUAUGUGGAGAGGAGCCAAGGUUGCGUAUUUCUUCAUUGCCAUGUGCUUGUUCCCUGUCGCAAUAGGAGGUUUCUGGGCUUAUGGGAAUCUUAUGCCUUCGGGGGGAAUUCUGAAUGCUUUGUACGGUUUCCACAGCCAUGACAUUCCACGAGGACUCCUUGCAACAACAUUCCUCUUAGUUGUGUUCAAUUGCCUAAGUAGCUUUCAGAUAUACUCAAUGCCUGUAUUUGACAGUUUUGAAGCAGGGUACACCAGUCGUACCAACCGCCCUUGCUCAGUUUGGGUCAGAUCCGGUUUCCGAGUUUUCUAUGGGUUUAUAUCCUUCUUCAUUGGGGUAGCCCUCCCGUUUCUCUCUAGCAUUGCUGGUCUGUUGGGAGGCCUUACUCUUCCGGUCACCUUUGCUUACCCUUGCUUCAUGUGGGUCCUCAUAAAGAAGCCUCAAAAGUUCAGUUUCAAUUGGUAUUUCAAUUGGACUCUUGGGUGGUUGGGGAUUGGUUUUAGUUUGGCUUUCUCUAUUGGGGGUAUUUGGAGUAUGGUGAACAAUGGACUGAAGCUUAAAUUUUUUAAGCCAAGCUAAAGGUUGAGAUGAGAUAUGGAAUGUCGCAUGUCCUACAUGAUUUAUUUGUGGGGAUCACCUUAUCAGAGAAUUAUUGAUUCAAAUAUAUGUUGUAAAAUUGUGGUACUUGCCUUAUUGUCAUUUGUUUUUCCAAAAUUUGAGCCAAUCUCAUGCUUCAUAUAUGUAAUACAAGGUUCUCUUUAUAUCAGUUUUAUGCAUGAGAUUCAAGUGCAUUCAGUUUUUCAGAGGUUAUCAA